AUGUCACCUAUUUUAUCUACGAAGAUAAUUCCUGGAAAAACAGCCACACCCGGUGGGAAUAAUGCCCCCAUUGAUGAAGUUGGGAAGUGGCCAUAUCAGGCAGCACAGUAUGGAUAUCAAGAUUUAUUAGCUUACAGUUCAUACUGUAAUGGAUCUGGUGAUGUUUUUGUAGUGGAUAUGAAUAGUAUGCAACUCGUGCAAACACUUCAUGGUCAUAACUAUGUAGUGACAUGUAUUCAAUGGAAGCCACCCCCUGCAUCUUAUUUACAACAUGGAUUAUUUCUUUUUACUGGUGAUAAUGGAGGGUUUAUCGCCUUAUGGGAUGUAAGUGAAGGAGUUAUAUUAAAUAGUCUUCAGGUACCAAAUGCAGAACCUAUUCAUGCAUUAUCUCUUCCAACAAAACAUCAUUUAUUAGUAUUAACAAAAAAUUGUUCAAGUUUUUUAUAUGAUUCUCACUUGGCAGGUAAAGAACCAUUUCAAGAUGUAAAACCUCCUUUUAGAUCAGAACGUACGAAUAAUAUCAUUCCAUUACAUUUGUGUUCUUCAAAAUUAUGUCCAACUCAAACCUAUUGCGUUGUUUUUGGUGAUCGUAUUCGUAUUCUCGCUUCAUUAGAACUAACUAUUACUAAAAAAUCAACUGAUUCAUGGGUUAAAGAUCUUAUUUAUGAUAGUCAAGAUGGAAAUGAAACCGUUUUUGAUGCUACUUUUAGUGAAGCUCAAGAGGAAGUAUUAUAUUUUGCAACUCGAAACUCUGUUGGAGCUUAUGAUUGGAAAACAAAUUUAGUCCUUAAUGAACAAGUAUUAUGGCAUACGAAAAGUGAUGUUGAAUUUAGACGUAUUUUUCCUUCUUCACCAAAUACAAUAGAUGAGUGUUCACAGCAAAUUCCCUUCUUAUAUUCAUUUGGAACAGAUCAACGAUUAUGUGCUUGGUAUGUACAUCGAAUAGAUAAAGUCACUAAUGUAGCUAUUGAUGUACGAGGAGCAAGAAUAGGAUCAAAGUCUGUUGCAAAUGUGGUUCAAUCUCAAAAUAAUUCAAAUCUCUUUAGUAUUAUUUUUACAGAUGGUUCUGUAACGAGAUGGCGAUUUCGAAUAGAAUCUAGACGAUGGUCAUUAGAAGGGUAUUUAUCAUUUGAUCUCACUAAACCAAUGGAUUUUUGUUUAGUUGGACAAAGUAUAGUUUGUUGUGCUUUGGAAAAUGGACAUUUAGUCAUGAUUGAUGUAAUGCAUAAUGUAACACUUAGACGAGUUAAUAUUGUACAUUCUGGUGGUACUCGUAUUAUAUUAUUAAGUCCUCAUAAAUGGGGAGAAUCUGUUUGGGUAGUUACUAAUAAAUCUACACAAUCUCAUCACUUUCAUCAAGUAACACUUUUUGAUUGUCGUAGUGGUGUUGUACUUUCUGUUCUUCGAAAACCUACAAAUCCUGAUGUUAGUCGUAUGAAGGGUAUCUCUUUAAGUGAAACAGGGAAUUUUCUCCUUCUAACUUUUUUUAAUGGUUCUUUUGAAGUAUGGAGUGUAGAAGGAGGUGGUCUUAUUUAUUUCUUUGAAGGAAUGGGUAUUGCAGGUGUUUCAUGGGCACCAAUGCCAUUCUUAUCUUGUCUUACAGGCGUGCAAGGAUCUCCACAACUACUCACGAUUGUUUUUACAGAUGGAACGAUGAGUUUAUGGACUGUUUAUAAAGAUCGUGUGGUUCAAAAUCGUGAUGUGGUGCCUAUAUUUUUUAAUAAUUAUCCCAGUAAAGUUGUAUGUGAACCCACUAAUGAGAUGAUAGUGAUAUGUGAUGGAAUAGGGAUACCUGUAUUGGUGAGUAGUGGAUCUUGGGGAUUUCGUGUACUUUCUUUAAAGAAUACUCCUGUAAAUAAAGCUGCAUUAAGUAUCGCAGUAUCAAAAAUAAUAGAAGGAGAUGAAAAUGAUAAUAAAAUACAUAAUUCUGUAGAAUCUUCUUCUUCUUCUAGUGCAGAUGUUCUUCUUGCAGCCCUUUUUACAGAUGGUUCUUUUGGUGUAUGGAAUACAUCUAAUCAGGAACGAAUAAGUUAUUCUGAAAUUUCUAGAUUAAAUUUAAGUGCCCGAGUUUUGGCAUGGAUGGGAGAUGCUCUUCUUGUUCUUACAAGUAAUGGUGAUUUAGUGCUUCUUGAUAAAUUACUUACUUCUGUUAAUAGUAGUAUAUCUUGUAAGUCUCCACGUCGACCCAUUCAAAGCAGUGCUUUUUUUCUUCCUGCUCACCGUACAUAUAUUCAAACAUCCUUGGAGACACAAAUUAUGACUAAUCGAUCUACUACAAGUUAUCAACAGAAUAAUAAUUUACCAAGUUAUUUGGUACAAUCUAUUGAUAUACAAAGAAGACCAUGUCGUGGACCAUUGGGACAAGUUAUCACAGAAAGUAUUUCAACACUAUCAAAAGAGUUGGAUCUUUACAAGGAAACUAUGAUUCCUAAAUAUAUUCUUUCAUUUAUACAAAAAGCAAUAGAUAAAAAAUGUAAUGAGGAACUUGCACUUUAUGUGGCUCGUUUCUUUGGUCAAAAAGAAAAAGAACGUUUUUGGUCACAAUAUUGUAUGCGUAAAACUAUAUGGCAUAUUAACAGUGAUGUCAGUGAUCCAUCACAAUGUAGUGAAAGACGAAAGUUUGGACGGGAACAAGAAUCUCCUUUUUUUUAUAUUCACUGUAAUUAUUUCUCAGAAGCUGUGGCUAGUUCUGAAGUCGUUCGAAGGAAUCGUAUGUUGUUUAAUGAACACCGUAUAUCUGCUCUUGAAGCUCGUAAAAAUGAAAAUAUAGAUGCCUCUAAUUGUCGUUUAGUGGUAGCACGAGAAUUACUAAGACUUCAAGAACCUCAAAAAGCUAUAGAUAUUUUAAUGGAUACGAAUUAUGAAAGUGAACAAUUUCCUAAUUUAGCCAAUUUAGCUGUUACCAUAGCUGCUUCAUCUGCUGCCAUUGAUGCAACAUCUUCAACAUUAUUUAAUAUAACCACAAAACGAGCGGCUGCAUUAUUUUUAGCAAGAGGAGAUUUGGAUAGUGCUGUAGAAAAAUUUAUUUUGUCAAGUGAUUACUACGGGGCAGGUCUCGCUUUACAGUCUUGUGGAAAAUGGAGUGAAUCCGCGAGACUCGCAAAAGUGUCUGCCAUUUCAUAUGAAGAGCAGAAGGAACUUCUCUAUCGCUGGUGUUCACAUUCUGCUAAACGUGGAGAGAUGAUAGAAGCAGCGCGUGUGCUGCUUUCAAUUUCUUGUUUACCGGAAGCACUUGUAUUACUUUCUGAAUCACAACAUUUAACAGAUAUUGCAGGUUUAUUUGCCAUGAUAUUAUUAGAAGAUCCAUCUUUCUCUUCAAAGGAGACUUUGCAGAUGUUAAUAACUUCACCGACGAAGGAUGAAGAUUCUUCAGAUGCGUUAAGAUUUUCUGAAGUUCUACUCAACACAUUAACAGAUUACUGUAAUGUGUUAAAUUCUGUUGGUAAUGUGAUUGUGGAACACAUGGGAUUGGAAGUUAUUGCGGCUCUCAAGCGUGGAAAUCGAAAUGUUUCCCCCUCUUUCUCCACGAUAUAA